AUGCCUUUUGAGACUCUUGUUGAGCGCGGCCCAACGGGGGCGAACAGCAUGUGGCAAGAACCAUUCACCGACCCCAAUGCUAAUAAACCAAGAUACAUUGAGCCACAAACCUCUAUACCAGACGCACCUACAGCACAUCGCCAAUCCGAGGGUGAUGAAGCAAGAGAAGGCCAUCGUUGCUCCCCACCACGAGGUCUCCAGAGCGCCUCGCAAAAUCAUACUGGGGCUAUCACUAGAUCCCAUAAUCAUCUCAUCGUGCAGAGCCUCGUAUCAGAAAAUCGCCCAGGUGCCUCACAAAACCCUUCUCGGGGUGUUAAUGCACCUUCUAUUGUGCAGAGCAACUUCUCCCCGGAAAACAGCUCGAGUACCUCGCAGAAUCCUAUUCACACUAACACAACAAAUUUGACUGUCCAACACCCCCAGAUAUCAACUAUUGAUUAUGCCGACCCAUUUAGGGUGCCUUAUACAAAUCAAAAUAUCUAUCCCCGUGCAGCAAUCGAGCCGGAAUUCGAAAAGCGAUAUACACACCUCGUCGAACUUUUCAAGCGGACUGUUGAUGGCAACAAUUUUCUGAAAGAGAAAACUAGGAGUAUUAACUAUGAGCUACGUCUAUGUGGAAGCACUCAAUUGGAAGCAGUUGUCUCGAUCAUCAUCUACUGCACCAAUGAUAUUUUCAAGGUCCUAAACCCGUUAUUAGCUCGUAAGCACAUCCGUCAACAAUAUUGGCCGAUAAAUACCUCCUUGAGGGACAAAUUUCGAUUUCUCUCUAGCAAGCCCCAUCGAGAAGCAUCUGAUCCUACUGUGAUACGAUUAAAAAUCGUGUACUGGAGAACAAAAACUACGCCCACUCAACUAAAAUCCACAAUGGAGCAAGUGGUUGCCAAGAGCCAUUCAUUCCUCACAAUGUGUGGAUCAUUGGUAAGGUAUGGUGAUUGUACUUCGACUCUAGGACUACUUAUUAGUGUGGACUCUAAGCUAUACGGCUUGACUGUGGAUCAUUUGUUCAAGGAGCAGAAUGACGAAGAACAAGAAGCGAUUGCAAACGAACCGGAAGUUUCGCAUGAAGAAGACGACUCCGAAGACAGUGAAUCAGAGUGGCCAUGGAUUGAUGAUGUGAAAUAUGAAGACAUUGAGAAUGACGUAUUGGCUUCGGAUAUUGAGUCAGUGUCAUCCGUAAGAUCCAAUUUCAAGGCAACAAUGGACCUCGGGUUGAUUGAACCGCAUGGUGCAUCCAUAAACGGCCACAAGGUAGAUUUGUCGUCCGUAACAGAUAAGGCAACGGCUUACCUCGACUGGGCCUUGAUUGAGUUUGAUGAUGGAUACUAUGAGCGACCUAACGCAUUCUAUUCGGAGGAUGACCCCACAAAUCCUAAGUUCUUUCGGAACAUUUCAGCAGCUCCAAAAACAAGUGGAGUUAACGUUUUUAUGAUAUCUGGCGUGAGCGGAACAAGAAAGGGUAUAAUGCUCAACAGCAAAUCUUACAUCGGAGGCAAACCAGGUGAAAAUCUCUGUCAGGCAUGGAACGUAAUUUUAUCUGACUCGAACGGUGUCAUUAAUGGUGACUGUGGAUCAUUGAUCGUAGAUCAAGUAACGUUAGAGGUGUAUGGUCACGUAGUCGCAUCGAAUCCGCUUGGCGAAGCUUAUGUAGUCCCUCUACAAGAUACAUUCAAGCAAAUCAGCAAUACUCUUGGAGCGAAGGAUCUAUCUUUGCCCAAUCCAAGGCUACUUAUGGAGAGACUUGUUGCUCAUUACUCCAAAGAAGGCGACAGUGGCGUAGCAGAUAAGGCUAAACAAGUUCUUGCUUCAAUGAAAGAUCCAGAAGGAGAAAGACUGUGUCCAAUGUGCGAUCAAUCAGAUCAAAAAGAUGUUCUCUUAUCAUGCACUGGAUGCAAUGCUUCUUAUCAUACACGUUGUAUCGAUCUAGACAAUAUUCCUGGUGGCUACUGGUAUUGUAUGGAAUGUGUGGAAAGUGGUGCUUCUGGUCUAUAUGAUGAAUCGCAAGGACCAGUGAGAGGUUCCACGUCUCCAUCAGGCUCUUUAGGUGGACAAGAUCAUCACUCGUAUUCGAGUCCUAGUUGCGCUAUCCAAAGUGGAACAAGCAGCGAACUCCCAAAUCGUUCAUUGAGCGCACAUGAUCAAACUACUCUUUUGCCUCAAUCUCCCAUCGGAAAUCAUCCUGAUGGUGCAUUGACUGAUCUUGGUCCAUCUGUCAGCAAGCAAAAAGAAAGUCCGCGCAUUCCUUACCAGCCUCAUAAUCUCCCGCAGGCGAAACCAGCGGAACAAAAUUCCCCUUGCAAUACUCUCUUUGUGGGAAACCUUCCGAGCGAUACAUCCGCGAACGAACUGAUGACAAUGUUCUCUGAGCAGAAAGGCUUCAAGCGCUUGUGCCUUACAAACAAGCAGAAUGGUCCAAUGUGUUACGUCGAAUUUGAGGAUAUUUUCUACGCCACAAAAUGUCUCCGGGUCUUGAACGGGACGUCUCUUCCAAACAGUGCCAAAGGCGGAAUUCAGUUGAGCUUUUCCAAGAAUCCUCUUGGCGUGCGUUCCGGUCCAAGUAGACCUCCGCCUAGUCUUCCGCCGGCUACAGAAUCCAGUGCAUCCACCGCUCCGGGCGGAUACCCGUCCGAAUAUAGACUAUCACGUUCGGUUCCACGCGGCGGAAAUGAAUUCUCGACCGAUUGGCAUGAGCCUGCGUUCCCAACGAUGGGGGCUGGUACAGCUAAUGAAUUUUCGCCUGUACACAUGUAUUGGAAGUAA